CAGAAGUUGUGCACAUCUGAGUUUCCAUGGAGAAAGUUGGCGUUGUGGGAAGCAAACACCAUUGUGAUGCAGUUUUCUGAUAAUGAGGAUAACAGAAAGCGUCAAGACAAUCAUGUCCACGCAAAUUCUCAACAAUUCAGAUCAUUCUAUCCUACUGAAACUGGCAAUCGACCUUUGCUCUAGCUGAUGAGCCAGAUUUCUCCAGGACUAUUUCUCAUCCCAUUUACAUCCUCUUUGAAAAUAUUCAAAUGCCAUAAGAAAUCUCGAUCGAUUUGCACUUAGCUUUUUGGUGGCCCUUUCUACAAUGGAGAGAACUGUGUUAUAGCCCUGGUCAAGGACAGAGCCAACUAAUGCCCAUAGACUACGGGUGGGUGUGGAAGGUUUCGAAGAGGAGUACUCAGCACGCGUGUAGACACUCAGCAACAUGGAAGCGAGCAAGUUUUGAAAAGCACAGCUUCAAGGACACUCCAUGAGUCUGCAGGGCUUUCAAGCCACUAGCACUUAAGACUUUGUGAUAACAAAAUGGACACUGGGGACCCAGCUCUCGUGCAAAAAGCUACCUCAAGAUCUGGAGAAACUGAGAAAGUAUCAGGUAGAUGGAGACAGGAACAAUCAGCUAUUAUUAAGAUGAGCACUUUUGGCAGUCAAGAAGGACAGCGACAGCCCCAACUAGAUCCUGCGCAAAUUGGAAACACCGCAUCAUCGGCACAACUCUUUGGUUCGGGAAAACUGGCCUCUCCUGGCGAAGUGGCCCAGCAGGUCACAGAGAAGCAAUACACACCACACCGACCGACUCCUUACUCAUGCCAACAUUCACUCUCUUUCCCUCAGCACUCAUUGCCACAGGGGGCCAUGCACAGCAACAAGCCCCACCACAGCCUCGAGGGCCCUCCCUGGCUUUUCCCUGGCCCUUUGCCAUCCAUUGCCUCUGAGGACUUAUUUUCUUUUCCCAUCCCUGGCCACAGCGGUGGGUAUCCCCGAAAAAAGAUCUCUAGUCUGAAUCCCGCUUAUAGCCAAUACUCCCAGAAAAGUCUCGAUCAGUCUGAAGACACUCACAAGAAAGAGCACAAACCCAAAAAACCCGGCAAGUACAUUUGCCCUUACUGCAGUAGGGCGUGUGCCAAACCCAGUGUACUGAAGAAACACAUCAGGUCCCAUACGGGUGAGCGGCCAUACCCGUGUAUCCCUUGUGGCUUCUCCUUCAAGACCAAGAGCAACUUGUACAAGCACAGGAAGUCUCAUGCCCAUGCCAUCAAGGCGGGCCUGGUCCCUUUCACAGAUUCGGCGGUCUCUAAAUUGGACCUGGAGGCCGGUUUUAUUGAUGUCGAGGCAGAAAUCCAUUCAGACGGAGAACAGAGCACAGACACGGAUGAAGAGAGUUCUCUCUUUGUGGAGGCUGCCGACAAGAUGAGCCCCGGGCCCCCUAUCCCACUGGACAUCACUGGCAGGACCGGCUACCCUGGGUCUCUGGAGGACUCGUUGGGUGGCCAGGUGAAAGUGCCCAUUUUGAUCAUCCCCAAGAGCGGGCUAUCCUUACCCAAUGAAAACUCACCCUACAUAGGCUCGGAUCUGCUGCCCACCUCCUCUCUGAGCUCGAAGGUGGACGACUCCCACACGGUGAAGCAGAAGCUUGCAUUGAGACUGUCAGAGAAGAAGGGCCAGGAUUCUGAGCCUUCCCUCAAUCUCCUGAGCCCGCACAGCAAAGGGAGCACCGACUCAGGUUACUUUUCUCGCUCCGAGAGUGCAGAGCAGCAGAUCAGCCCCCCCAACACCAAUGCCAAGUCUUACGAGGAGAUCAUCUUCGGCAAAUACGGUCGGCUGAGCCCCAGGAAUACCCUCAGUGUCACGUCGGCCAGCCAGGAGCGGGCCCAGAUGGGGAGAAAGGGCCUGAUGGAACCGUUCCCCCAAGUCAAUACCAGGUUAGACGUUCAGAUGUUUGAGGAUCCUGUGUCCCAGCUCAUCUCUAGCAAGGGGGACCUGGAGCCGACCCAGACAGGCCUACUCAAGUCCUCUAAGUUCAACAGUGAGUCGAGGCCUUCCCAGCCUCUCGCAGCUUCCUUCAGGCACGAAGGCAAGCUCUAUCCUGGGGGUGCAAUUUUGCCAGGCAGCAACCCAACACUCUUGGAAGCUCCGGGAGACUCAUCCCCACUUAUUCGAAGCAACUCCAUGCCCACCUCUUCGGCCACCAACCUCAGUGUCCCCCCUUCUCUGCGAGGAAGCCACUCGUUCGAUGAACGCAUUACCGGCUCGGACGACGUGUUCUACCCGGGCACGGUGGGCAUCCCCCAGCAGCGCAUGCUGAGACGUCAGGCAGCCUUCGAGCUGCCCUCGGUGCAAGAGGGGCACCCGGAGGCUGAGCACCACCAUCAGCAUCACCACCACCACCACCACCACCACCACCAUCACCAUGGCAGGGUGGCCAGAACGCUGGCAGGCUCGUCCAUCAAGGAGAAGAAACUGAUUCCAGAGAACAGGCUUGGCUAUGAGUAUGACAUCUGCAGGAAGUCCUAUCAGAAGUGGGAGGACCCGGACACCCCCAAGGCCACCUACAGGGACGUGGCCUGCCUGGGCGCUCUGAAACACAGCGGGGACUACUUCAUGGACCCUGCUGUGCCCCUGCCCACCGUGCCUACCCUCUUUGGCACCACCUGCGAGACCCGCAAGCGUCGCAAGGAGAAGAGUGUGGGUGAUGAGGAGGACUCACCCAUGAUCUGCGGAGGUGGUGCAGGGGGCAGCGAGUACGACCCCCAGGUGCCAACGCAGGAUGGCAUGCGGAGCGGCUUUCCGGGGGUGGCACCACCCUACGACCUGGCUUCACUGGGGCAUGCAGAACGCUUUGACCCUACCAGGGCCCUGAUGCUCUCUGCCAGCCCCUCUCUGGGCUCAGAUGAGGUCUGCUCGGGCCCUGACGCAGCUGCUGAGAAGAUGCCCGAACUGGGGGGCAGCAGGAAGCCCCCUGGGAAUGUGAUCUCUGUGAUCCAGCACACCAACUCGCUGAGCCGUCCCAAUUCCUUCGAGAGGUCCGAAUCGGCAGAGCUGGUGGCCUGCCCCAGUAGCAGUAGCAGUGGCCAGGAGAAGGCCUCUUCGUCGUCGCCUUCAGAGGUGGGUGACAGCGAUGCCAUCGCAGAAGCCCCCGUGAGCCCAGAGUGGCCCCAGGCUGCAGAGGGAACGGACAGCGGUGCCCGACCCUCCCCUGCCCAACCCGGGGCCCCCCAGCCCUCUUUGCAAUCACAGCCCCGCCUGGUGCGCCAACACAACAUCCAGGUCCCCGAGAUCCGAGUGACCGAGGAGCCCGACAAACCCGACAAAGAGAAGGAAGUCCCCAGCAAAGAGGCCGCGGAGAAGCCGGUGGAGGAGUUCCAGUGGCCCCAAAGAAGCGAGACCCUGUCCCAGCUGCCUGCAGAGAAGCUGCCCCCCAAGAAGAAGCGCCUGCGUCUGGCAGACAUGGAGCACUCCUCUGGGGAGUCCAGCUUCGAGUCCGCAGGCACUGGCCUCUCUCGCAGCCCCAGUCAAGAGAGCAACCUGUCCCACAGCUCCAGCUUCUCCAUGUCCUUCGACAGAGACGACCCCCUGAAGCUGCCCGUGCUGCCCCCCAACAAGCAGGAGGAGCUGGGCAAGCACUCGGAGUUCUUAACGGUCCCCGGGGGCUCCUACUCCCUGUCGGUGCCAGGCCAUCAUCACCAGAAGGAAAUGCGACGUUGCUCCUCGGAGCAGAUGCCCUGUCCUCACCCUCCCGAAGUCCCUGAGAUCCGGAGCAAGUCUUUCGAUUAUGGGAAUCUGUCCCAUGCCCCGGGGGCAGCAGCUGCGGCCUCCACCCUGUCCCCGUCCAGGGAGAGGAAGAAGUGCUUCUUGGUGCGACAGGCGUCCUUCAGUGGCUCUCCCGAGACGGCCCAGGGGGAGGCCGGGGCUGACCUGAGCGUCAAGCAAGAACAGCUGGAGCAUCUGCACGCUGCUGCAGCUGCAGGCCUCAGGUCUGCUUGGCACCCCGCCGCCUGCCCCGUCCUCCCGCCUCUGCAGGCCGGCGAGGAGUCAGGGAAGCAGGUGCUGGCACCCUGUGCCCCGCUGAGCUCAGGCACGCUCCACCUGGCCCAGCCGCCCCUCAUGCACAUGGACAGUCAGGAACCCCUGCGCAACCCCUUGAUGCCGCCUGCCCCCUACAUCCCCAGCAAGCACUUAUCCGAGCAGCCACCCUUCUUUGCACACCAAGAGUCUCUCCCCUUCUCUCCCAUCCAGAACGCCUUGUUUCAGUUUCAGUACCCAACUGUCUGCAUGGUUCAUCUACCGGCUCAGCAACCCCCUUGGUGGCAGGCACACUUUCCACAUCCCCUUGCUCAGCACCCUCCGAAGAGCUACGGCAAGCCUUCUUUCCAGGCCGAAAUGCCUCCUGCCUACCCCUUAGAACACGUGGCUGAGCCCGCGGGCAAGAAAUCCUCUGAUUAUGCACAUCCAAAAGAGCCAGCCAGCCUGGGCUAUGCAGGAACAUCAGGGCUACCUUCAAAGAGCCUUCUUCUCAAGUUCCCACCAGACCAGAGCUCCAAAUCAACGGAUACUCCCUCAGAGCAGAUUCUUCCCGAAGAUUUCAGCUCGGCCAAAUCUAGCUCGCUGCAGUCCUUGCCAGGAACGGUGGUUCCAGUGAGGAUCCAGACCCAUGUGCCAUCCUAUGGGAGUGUCAUGUACACAAGCAUUUCUCAGAUCCUUGGGCAGAACAGCCCUGCCAUCGUCAUUUGCAAAGUUGAUGAAAAUGUGACCCAAAGAACACUGGUGACCAACGCGGCCAUGCAAGGGAUGGGCUUUAACAUCGCCCAGGUCCUGGGACAGCAUGCAGGCUUGGAAAAAUACCCCAUCUGGAAAGUCCCCCAGACCUUACCCCUGGGCUUAGAAUCCUCUAUCCCCCUCUGUUUACCAUCCACCUCAGACAGUAUGGCCAGCCUGGGGGGCAGCAAGCGCAUGCUCUCUCCCGCCAGCAGCUUAGAGCUCUUCAUGGAAACCAAGCAGCAGAAAAGGGUGAAAGAAGAAAAGAUGUAUGGGCAGAUUGUAGAAGAGCUCAGCGCGGUGGAGCUCACCAACUCGGACAUCAAGAAGGAUCUCUCUCGCCCUCAGAAACCCCAACUGGUCCGGCAGGGCUGUGCUUCCGAGCCCAAAGAUGGCUCCCAGUCUGCAUCCUCUUCCUUCUCCUCACUGUCCCCUUCCUCGUCUCAAGAUCACCCUCCAGCCAAUGCACCUUUGAGGGAGUCAUUCCCUCCAAGCUCCAGGGCACCUCUUCUAGGGCAGAAGUCCUGCGAACCCUCAGAAAGUAAAGAGUCCUCUGAUGAAUUAGAUAUUGAUGAGACCUCAUCGGACAUGAGCAUGAGCCCGCAGAGUUCCUCCUUGCUGCCUGGAGACAGUAAGCUGGAAGAGCAGAGGAAGGGUCACAGGCUUCCUAUUGGCAUGCUGGUGCAUAUGGCCUCAGGCCCCACUGGCAAGGGGGCAAACUCAACUCUUCUUCUCACGGAUGUGGCAGAUUUCCAGCAGAUUCUUCAGUUCCCCAGUCUGCGGACAACAACUACUGUGAGUUGGUGCUUCUUGAAUUAUACAAAACCCAGUUCCAUGCAACAGGCCACCUUCAAAUCCUCAGUUUAUGCUUCAUGGUGCAUUAGUUCCUGCAAUCCAAAUCCAUCAGGAUUGAAUACCAAGACCACGCUGGCUCUUCUGAGGUCCAAGCAAAAAAUCACUGCAGAAAUUUAUACUCUGGCUGCUAUGCACAGGCCCGGAACUGGCAAACUUACAUCCUCAAGUGCUUGGAAGCAGUUUGCUCAGAUGAAACCAGAUGCAUCCUUUUUGUUUGACAGCAAACUAGAAAGAAAACUAGUGGGAAAUAUCUUAAAGGAAAGAGGGAAAGGAGAUAUUCAUGGAGACAAAGAUAUUGGAUCCAAACAAAAUGAACCAAUCCGAAUUAAAAUCUUUGAAGGAGGGUAUAAGUCAAAUGAAGAUUAUGUAUAUGUCAGAGGACGUGGACGUGGAAAGUACAUCUGUGAAGAAUGUGGGAUUCGCUGUAAGAAGCCAAGCAUGCUUAAAAAACAUAUCCGCACUCAUACUGAUGUCCGGCCCUAUGUAUGCAAGUUAUGUAAUUUUGCCUUCAAAACAAAAGGAAAUCUUACGAAGCAUAUGAAAUCUAAAGCACACAUGAAAAAAUGCUUAGAAUUGGGUGUCUCGAUGACAUCUGUAGACGACACAGAGACGGAGGAAGCAGAAACGAUGGAAGAUUUGCACAAAGGGGCUGAGAAGCAUAGCAUGUCUGGCAUUUCAACUGACCAUCAGUUCUCAGAUGCCGAAGAAUCAGAUGGCGAAGAUGGUGAUGAAAAUGAUGAUGAUGAUGAUGAAGAUGAUGACUUUGAAGACCAGGGAGAUUUGACACCAAAAACAAGAUCAAGAAGCACCAGUCCACAGCCUCCUCGAUUCUCCUCCUUGCCUGUGAAUGUUGGCACUGUACCACAUGGGGUUCCUUCUGACAGUUCCCUGGGGCAUUCUUCAUUGAUCAGCUAUUUGGUUACUUUACCUAGUAUUCAGGUGACUCAGCUCAUGACGCCAAGCGACUCUUGUGAUGAUACCCAGAUGACAGAAUACCAGAGGUUAUUCCAGAGCAAAAGUACAGACUCAGAACCAGACAAAGACAGGUUAGAUAUACCAAGUUGUAUGGAUGAAGAAUACAUGUUGUCUUCAGAUCCGAGCUCCUCGCCGCGGGACUUCUCACCCUCAAGUCGCCAUUCUUCACCAGGAUAUGAUUCUUCACCCUGUCGAGAUAAUUCUCCAAAGAGGUAUCUGAUACCCAAAGGAGAUUUAUCACCCAGGAGACUUUUAACACCGAGGAGAGAGCUGUCACCUAUGAGACAUCUUUCACCAAGAAAGGAAGCAGCUUUGAGAAGAGAGAUGUCACAGAGAGAUAUCUCACCUAGAAGGCAUCUGUCUCCAAGGAGGCCAUUGUCUCCUGGGAAAGAUAUUAUCACAAGAAGAGAGAUCUCUCCCAGGAGAGAGAGAAGGUACAUGGCGACGACCAUCAGAGCGCCAUCUCCUCGAAGGGCUUUAUACCACAACCCACCAUUGUCCAUGGGACCAUAUUUGCAAGCAGAGCCAAUUGUCUUGGGGCCUCCUAAUUUAAGAAGAGGAUUACCUCAGGUUCCUUACUUCAGUCUCUAUGGAGACCAAGAAGGUGCUUAUGAACAUCCAGUCUCCAGCCUUUUCCCUGAGGGUCCUAAUGACUAUGUCUUCAGUCAUCUUCCACUCCACUCCCAGCAACAAGUGCGAGCUCCUAUCCCCAUGGUGCCAGUUGGUGGGAUCCAAAUGGUUCACUCCAUGCCGCCGGCCCUUUCCGGUUUACAUCCUCCACCCACUUUGCCUCUGCCCAUGGAGGGCUCUGAGGAGAAGAAAGGCACUUCCAGGGACUCCUUCCCGAAGGAUCCCUACUUGCUUUCUAAGCAGCAGGAGAAACGAUCUCCACACCUUUUGCAGUCAACUGGUCCGCCUAGCACCCCCUCUUCUCCUCGCCUCCUGAUGAAACAGAGCACUUCAGAAGACAGCCUCAAUGCCACUGAGAGGGAACAGGAGGAAAACAUCCAGACUUGUACAAAAGCCAUUGCCUCUCUCCGGAUUGCCACAGAAGAGGCCACUCUGCUUGGGGCAUCAGAUCAGCCUGCCAGGGUGCCCCUGGCAGAUCAGCCCCAUCAGAAACCCUUGGAAAGUGCACAUGCUAGCAUUAGACACUUUAGUGGAUCUGAGCCAGGCCAGCCCUGUGCCUCAGCUCCCCACCCUGACUUGCAUGAUGGUGAAAACGACCAUUUUGGUACAUCACAGACUGCAUUAGCUCACUCCACGUUUUACAGUCAGAGAUGUCUGGAGGACAGACAGCCGGGCUUUCUAAGGAGCAAAGAAUUACCUUCAAGCACAGAGGAAAGCAAAGAGUCUUCAUCAGAAAAGAGCCAACUACAUUGAUCUAAGAUGCAUGGAGACUUUUCAUUGACACAUUUCCCCAUUUGUUUUUUUGUUUGUUUUGUUUUUUUCUAGAAAUAGAGGUAAUCCAAUUGAUAGCAUGCCUGUCCUAAGUUACAGUAGUUUGCUAUUAUAUAUACUUUUGUUAUUUCAAAAGAAUUAGGAAAAUUAACAAGUCAUCAUGAGCCUGACCAAAACAAAAUUUGAAGUUAACCUAUUGGGUCUGGUACUUUUCAACUUGUACAGAUGUUUGUGCCUUUUCUUUACUUUGCUUAUAUUCUUAUAAGCACUUUUUAGCAGUACUUUGUACAUAUUUUAGAAUUUGUGUAUCUGCUUUGUAAUAAAUGUAAUUUCUUUCCUUUUUGGGACACUUGAUCUAAAUGAUGUAAAGCAAAACAGCAUCAAACUAUAUGUGAGGUUGCACUAAAAAAUAUUUUUAUAUGAUUAAAACUGAACAGCUUUUAUGUACAGCUCUGAUUCUGUAAUACUAAUAUUUAUUUACUUUGUUUCAUAAAUUGUACAUUUUUUCUUAAUGUUGUGGAUUGCUUUUCUAUGUGAAGCAUGGGAUUUACUGUUGCAUAAGUAGAACAAAAAGUGUAUAUUGUAAACAAGAUAUUUAAACUAGAGUCUUAUUCUGCACUUAUACAUUAGUUUAAAAAAAGAUAAAGGACGUACUAGUCAGUACUUAACGCUUGUAAAUUUUUUUUCUCUUGUUUGCUGGAUUGACUAUAACUUAAGUGCUGAUUGUGAUUUUCAACUGAUAGUACCGUAAAGCAUUAAAGUAAACAAUGUGCUCUUGUGAGUUUUUUCAAAGCUUUAUAAAUCAGUUAUAAAUAAUAUUAAAAGUAUUUGGUCUUAUGUGAACAUGUUGAUCUAUAUACUCAUCUGAAAAUAUGGGAAAACAUUCCACCCCAUGUAAAUAUGUACAAGUGCAUCACUGGUACAAUUUAAUGUAACUCAUUGGACACUAGGUUGCCACAGACCUAUGCUAGGGUGUCUUUAAAAAUUAAAGUGACAGAAAAAACACGUGGGACUGUGUAGAGCUUGGUUAUCGGCCGGCCCGGUGGCUUGGCAGGCAGUGCUGUGCGCUGCCCAUGGAGAAGACCUGGGCGUCCAAGUGUCCUUGGUUCUUUCUGCACAAGAAGGUGACUGGAACUAAGGCUACUAGAGAGGAGUUGCGCUUGGACUCUGAAGGUGGGGUGUGGAAGCAGGAAGAGGCAUGGAGACCCGCUCACCAGCCCUUCCUUCCUGCCAGCUGAUCCACACGGUAACAGGGUUGGCAUAAGCUUUAGGGGAAGUCACUUUACCCAUUGGAAGAGGGAAGAGUGACAUACUCCUGGCUAUCUCAGGGGGAUUGAGGAAAGAAGCUUUCCAGGGAAAAGAACUCUGGAGGAGGAUGUCUUUUGUAUACUUUCACUUUUGGAAGGAGCUUUGGAUAGUGUUGAUGGCGGGGGAAGCCUUUGUAGGUGCAGAGGAAUGAAAGGAAGGGAGGGGGGACAACACGUGCACCAACGCACACAUACAAUCUGGGUUAUCUUUGUGCUAUAUAGUGGAUUAUAAUUCUGUGAAACCAAGUUUGUAUAUUGAAUUACAUUAAGAAGUGUUCUUUAAAAAGAGAAAUAAAUAUACAAUUACAUGCUUGA